CCCCCGCGCACAUAACAACACAUUUUAAGCCCUAAACAGAGCAGUAGAACAAUAGAGAAACUCACCAUCGGACAAAACAACCGAAUUUAUAGAAAAACUUCUUUUUGUACACGGACAUUCCGGAUCUAAAGUUUAUUGACGAAAAGAAGGCGUGAGAAAGGACCAGAAUGGAGUGGCAAGGUUUGGUGUCUGUGCUAGUGAUGACCUCGCUGAUAUUGCCAGUGUGCAGAGGAACGAUUGCUCCACCACAAUUGGUGGAAUGCAGCACCGAUGCUGAAAAUAUCAAUGGAGACACUUACAGUGUUGAGUGCCCUGCUGGUUGCCUCGGUACCUUGUUCUCAAUUUAUGGAACUGGGACCUACACUAGCGACUCCAGUAUAUGCCGAGCUGCCAUUCAUGACGGACGGCUGACGGACGCAGGGGGAGUGGUGACGGUCGUGGAAACAUCCGGGCUGGACUCUUACCAGGGAUCGUCUCAAAAUGAAAUCAACUCCAACUCGUGGGGUUCUUGGGGUUCUGCCUUCUACUUCGUGGAUUCACCGACUCCUACACCAA